AUGGCCUUCCAUGCCAUCUCAACGCCGACGCAACACGUGCAGCUGCACCUGGAUGCCAAGCCCGCGCCGCCCAAGUUCGCGCUCGUCCCGCACAUCAUCGCGGGGCUGCUCAUGCUCUACGCCAUCUUCGCCAUCACGGCGAACAACACGCCCAUGACGGCACCGAUCACGACGUUGUACUUGGACCCGCUCUGGGACGUCAACCCCAAGGUCAAGGGCUCGGGCCACUCGGAGAUGGUCAUCUACACGUACCUCUUCUUCGCCGUGAUUUUGCCCAUGUUUGUGGCCUUCUUGAUCGUGCGUCUGGCCACCCGUGGCGCGACGUUCCCGGUACCGGCGCUCUCGCACAUGCUCCAGCGCAAGCCGCGCUUCUUGUGGUCGCUCGUGAGCUAUGGCGAGGUCCUCUUCUUGCUGGCCGUCGUCGUCGGCAACACCAUUCUCUUCUACAACAUGUACUUGUACAGCCCGCGCAUCAAGGCCACGUCCAAGACGCAGGUCGGGAUCGAGAAAGCUGCCAAGACGCUCGGCUUCUCGACCUUGUACAACAUGGUGUUCCUCGCGCUGCCUGCGUCGCGCCACUGCUUUUGGAUGGAGUGGCUCGGCAUCCCGUACGCCAACGGCGUCAAGUACCACCGCUGGCUCGGUGUUGCGACCAUUCUUUGCGCGACGCUGCACACGGCGUUCUACGUUAAAGUGUAUAUCGUCGAAAACGACGCGAUGACGCUGCUGCCGUGCUUUGACUGCAACGUGGCCAAGGGUGGCAAGCCGAAUUGGAUCAACACCUUUGGGUGGCUCUCGUUCCUGAGCAUGUUUGUCAUGGGCAUCACGUCGCUCCCGUACGUGCGCCGUCACUACUACAAGAUUUUCUACGCCACCCACUUCCUCUUCAUUCCCGCCACGGCCUUUGCGAUCAUGCAUUGGGGCUACAUUGCCAUCUGGCUCUUCGCCACCAUCGUGCUCUACAUUGGCAACCGCAUGCUCUCGUCUGCGACCAUCCAAGCGCCGGUCGUCAUCCAAAAGGCGGCCGCGUACCCGCACGAAGUGACCGAGCUCGUGUUUGAGUGCGCAACCUCGUACCAGGCCGGCGACGUCGUCUACCUCAAGGUCCCGUCGGUCUCCAAGACGCAGUGGCACCCCUCGAACGUGGCGCCGCGGCCGUACGCGAACGUGUCGACGCUGCGCCAGGUGCUCUUGUUCAUCGCUGCGUUCUUUGGCGCCGGCUCGCUCUUUGUUGCGGUGCACUACAACACCAAGAUCACGACCGCCGACCCGUCGUACUGGCCGCUGCAGCGCUUGAUGGAGUUUCUCGCGAUCGUCAUUGGCGCCUACUGGGCCUACGUCGUCGUCUUGGUCAAGCCGUACACGCCGGUGCCGGUCGCGCGCUCGCAGGUCGACGAGGUCCCCAAGGAGCCGAUGAUGUCGGACGAGGCGUUCAUCGAGCGCUACAGCGUCCAGAAAGGCCGCAUGGACUGGCCGCACUUCUUCUCGAGCCUCGUGGACGGUACGACCAAGAGCUGGACGACGCCAGCGAUCGGUGUCUACGUCUCGGGGCCCAAGACUCUGUCGCGUGCGAUCGAUGCGCAAGCGCACUCGACGCGCUUUGCCGUGCACCACGAAGAGUUUGAAAUGUAG